AUGACCCAGUUGAACAAGCUGUCUCGUAAGGUAUCCCGACUUCAGAAGAAGCGCAAAAGACGAGAGCCGUCACCCGAAAGCUCGGAUAGUAGUGUUGGUGAAAGAAGCCUCUCCCAAAUCAUUCGGCCUGCUACCGUAGGUCUGGUAAACUACGAUACCUCUUCAUCGGGACCAGAGAAUAACCUUGCCGAGCGCAAUGUUGCCAUAUCAGACGGAACCUUGGAGAGGAACAAUGUUGCCGAGUGCGACGUUGCCGAACGCAGUGUUGCUGAAUGCAGUGUUGCCGAACGCAGUGUUGCCAUCUCGGAUGAAAUUUUGAAACUUUUGGGGAAAAACUCUGUGGACGAUCAAGCCUCUACAAAAGACAUUAACAGCGAACUUGUUCAAAUUUGGUCCCAUAUAUUACAGGAAGGUUUGGAUUCUGAGGUUUUAGCAACUAUAUGUAAAAAAUAUUCUCCUCCCACUAACUUAAGCCUUGCUAAUGCCCCCAAACUGAACUCAGAGGUUUUAUCGGUUCUCACGGAACAACACAAGCAGCGGGACUUGAAGCUCUCUAAUCGCCAAGACCAGAUGGGGCUGCCCUGGUGGCAAUUGGCAAAGCGCUGA